AUGAAAGCCGCAGUGAAUAAAGGUAUUUCGAGUCGUCGUGACAUUUUUGAAUUCCUAAAAUCCCGUGGGAAGUUAAUGGAGUAUUAUUCCGAUGAACCGAUCAGGAAUUCACUAACAAGAAUUUGUUUUGCAACUUAUGAGCAAAUGGAAUUGUAUAAACAGUUCCCUGAAGUUGUUGGUAUUGAUUCGACGUAUAAUACAAAUAAAGGGAAGUAUUCUUUGUUCCAGCUACUUGUGACGGAUAAUUUUGGUCGUGGACGACCAGUUUUAUUUGCGUGGACUAGAAAAGAAUUCAAACGAGAUGUAGUUUGGAUAUUAGACUGUUUCCGGCAAAUAAUGGAAGACACCUCGAAAACAGAAUCCUUCAUUAUGGAUUGUGCGCAAGCUGAAAUAGCAGCCGUCAAGUUAACGCACAGACAAGCGCACAUUGUUUUGUGUUCUUUUCAUGUUUGCCGAGCUUUCUGUCGGAAAACAAGAAAUCCCAUUGUGAAGAACUACUUAUGCCGUCUAGUGCAGUGUAAAAGGAGAUCAGAAGUUAUUAGCAGAUUGGAUGCUAAUGUCAGUCAAUACCUACAACGUCGUUGGAUGCAUCGACGAGAAUUGUGGGCGGCCUGUUUCAGAGAUAACGUGCUGACUUUUGGGAACGAUACAAAUAAUCGUGUCGAGAGUUCCCACAAGCAGAUGAAACGGUUUUUGCAAAGAUCUGAUAGUCUGCAUAAAAGUAUGCUAAAGGUGUAUAAAUGGCAUAAACGAAGUUUUUCAAUAAUACAGCAGGAGGCGAAUAUUGCUCAAUCACGAUGCUUCACGUAUCCCUGUUCACAAAGUUUAAUCCCAAUUAUACGGUUGCUUACACCAUACGCCGCGAGGAAGGUAAUACGUGAAUACCAAUUGCGACGAUGGGCUACUGUUGAGUUCGAAUCCGUUGAUUAUGUAUUUUUCAAAGAAAAUGGGAAAACAGUGCAGGUUGAUCUGAGUGCUUGCACCUGCACGUGCUUUACAUUUCAGACCUGUCGGUACCCCUGCCGACACUUGCUUUUGGUCCACUUAAGAAAGCCG